UCAGCAGUAAACAGUUAGCAGCUCAGUGAGGAGCAGCUUCAUCUCUGCAGGUGUUCAGACAGCAGCUGGAGUAUCGACCUUAUAGCCCUGAAGAUCAGCCUGGAACAUCUCCAACAUGUUCAACGACUUCCAGGAGAAGGACCCGGACCGCUGCACCCUCUGGUUCUCAGAGAGUCCUCCUGCCUCAGUCGCCGGUAUCUUCAGGAUCAAAUGGUGGUUGUUUCCUUCUGUAAUGGCUGCUGUGGUCUUUGUCCUCAUCCUGGUCCUGGGAGUCACCAACACGAAGACCUCAACGCGCCUUUGGUCUGCAGAGGAGGAGGUUUCCAUCCUGUACGACAAGAUAGAGUCCUUAAACGCAUCUCUGCAGCAGGCUCAUGAAUCCAUUAAAGAAAUCCAUCAGCUGAAGUUCCGCAUUCAGGACAACAAGGACCAAAUCUCAUCAGUGUCAGCAGCCCUUCAGGAGCUGCCACAGCUCGACUCUCUAAGGAAGAAGGUGGAGGCUCUGGAAUGUUCUUUCAAACACAUCAUCCAGAACGCCUCCACAUCAGGACCAUGCUGUCCUUUGGAUUGGACUCUGUUUGGGUCGGACUGCUACUUCUUCAGCAAACAGCUUCUACCCUGGAACCAGUCCAAGACCUGGUGUGAGACCAAGAAUGCUCACUUAGCCAUCCUGAACAGCGACAAGGAGUGGGUGAGAUACCUGUCUGUCUCUGUCCAUCUGUCCUACAGUAUCUAUCGCCACACCUGUCUCAACCCUCCUCUUCUCCUGGAUUCAAUGAAGAAUCUCUAACAACCACAACAAUUCUAGCGGUCAAUAAGACGAGUCAUGGGUACGUGAGACGUGCAAUAUGAUUUAAAUGGAAGAAGGUUUUUUUUGCGGAGAACAUGGCAUCCAUAGGAAAGGCUACUGCGGAAAACAACUCAGAGGUUGUAGAUGAGAGGCCUAGCAAUGGUGAGGCUGAAGGUAGGGGAGGUUUAGGUAAGGGAUUUCACAUCCAUGAUGUCAUCUCAGUGAUGCAGUUGGUCAAAAGUUGGAUUGAGCUGCAAUCAUGAUGGAUUUGGUGGAGAUGUAGAGCUAGAAAUGAUCAGCACAGAAGCAGAGCAGUAUAGGAGGGACAGACUGGAACGUUCCUAGCUUUUAUUCCUAGCUUCUUUCCUUUAUCCUUAUGUUAUCCUAUAAGGUCGGUCACGCCAAGGAUUGUGGGCGAACUCAUAGUUCCCUGCAGGAGCUAUAAACAUUAGG